AUGGCCCCCCAUUCAACCUUACUACUGGACUCCACGGCCAGUCCCACAGCAACACAUCUCUGCAACGAGUACCAUCCCUACGACACCGGUGCCUUCGACUCCAUAAUAUCAACUCUGGUCAACACGUUCAAAUUGAACAUAUUCAAAGAUCCAAACAACGUCAACACAUUGCACAUCCACAGGGGCGAUUUGGAGAUUGACCCCAUUGAGAACAUCAUUGCUGUGUGUCUAAUUCUUUUCAUCUUCUCCCUUAUUUUCCUGAUCGUGUUCGGUGUGUUCAUUAUUUGCAUCAUUAAUAUCUUCUCCAAUGACCCAAACGCAAAGUCUCAAGAUGACGAUUUGGAAAAGCAAUUGACCACCACCAUAACGGGGGAACAGCUUCGAAAGAACGAACUAAAAUAA